UCCCUCCUCCUUACCCCCCCCUCCCUGUCCGGUCCGGGUUCGCUUGCCUCGUCAGCGUCCGCGUUUUUCCCGGCCCCCCCCAGCCCCCCCGGACAGGACCCCCUUGAGCUCGUCCCGCAGCUGCUACCAUGAGCGACCAAGAUCACUCCAUGGAUGAAAUGACAGCCGUGGUGAAGAUUGAAAAGGGAGUCGGUGGCAGUAACGGGGGCAAUGGUAAUGGCGGUGGUGCCUUUUCUCAGGCUCGGAGCAGCAGCACAGGCAGUAGCAGCAGUGGUGGAGGAGGAGGAGGAGGGCAGGAAUCCCAGCCAUCCCCUUUGGCUUUGCUGGCAGCAACUUGCAGCAGAAUUGAGUCACCCAAUGAAAACAGCAACAACUCCCAGGGCCCAAGCCAGUCCGGGGGCACAGGUGAGCUUGACCUCACAGCCACACAACUCUCACAGGGUGCCAAUGGCUGGCAGAUCAUCUCUUCCUCCUCUGGGGCUACCCCUACCUCAAAGGAACAGAGUGGCAGCAGUACCAAUGGCAGCAAUGGCGGUGAGUCUUCCAAGAAUCGCUCGGUGUCUGGUGGGCAGUAUGUCGUGGCUGCCACCUCCAACCUACAGAACCAGCAAGUCCUGACAGGACUACCUGGGGUGAUGCCUAAUAUUCAGUAUCAAGUAAUCCCACAGUUCCAGACUGUUGAUGGGCAACAGCUGCAAUUUGCUGCCACUGGGGCCCAAGUGCAACAGGAUGGUUCUGGUCAAAUACAGAUCAUACCAGGUGCAAACCAACAGAUCAUCACAAAUCGAGGAAGUGGAGGCAACAUUAUUGCUGCUAUGCCAAACUUACUCCAGCAGGCUGUCCCCCUCCAAGGCCUAACUAAUAAUGUACUCUCAGGACAGACUCAGUAUGUGACCAAUGUACCAGUGGCCCUGAAUGGGAAUAUCACCUUGCUACCUGUCAACAGCGUUUCUGCAGCUACCUUGACUCCUAGCUCUCAGGCAGUCACCAUCAGCAGCUCUGGGUCCCAGGAGAGUGGCUCACAGCCCGUCACCUCAGGGACUGCCAUCAGUUCUGCCAGUUUGGUAUCAUCACAAGCCAGUUCCAGCUCCUUUUUCACCAAUGCCAAUAGCUACUCAACAACUACUACCACCAGCAACAUGGGAAUUAUGAAUUUUACCACCAGCGGAUCAGCAGGAACCAACUCUCAAGGCCAGACACCCCAGAGGGUCAGUGGGCUACAGGGGUCUGAUGCUCUGAACAUCCAGCAGAACCAGACAUCUGGAGGCUCAUUGCAAGCAAGUCAACAAAAAGAGGGAGAGCAAAACCAGCAGACACAGCAACAAAUUCUUAUCCAGCCUCAGCUAGUUCAAGGGGGACAGGCCCUCCAGGCUCUCCAAGCAGCACCAUUGUCAGGGCAGACCUUUACAACUCAAGCUAUCUCCCAGGAAACCCUUCAGAACCUCCAGCUUCAGGCUGUUCCAAAUUCUGGCCCCAUCAUCAUCCGGACACCUACAGUGGGGCCCAAUGGACAGGUCAGUUGGCAGACUCUUCAGCUGCAGAACCUCCAAGUUCAGAACCCACAGGCCCAGACAAUCACCUUGGCUCCAAUGCAGGGUGUUUCCUUGGGGCAGACCAGCAGCAGCAGUACCACACUUACACCCAUUGCCUCAGCUGCCUCCAUCCCUGCCGGCACAGUCACUGUGAAUGCUGCUCAGCUCUCUUCCAUGCCUGGCCUCCAGACCAUUAACCUCAGUGCAUUGGGUGCUUCAGGAAUCCAGGUUCACCAGCUUCCAAGCCUGCCCUUGGCUAUAGCAAAUGCCCCAGGUGAUCAUGGAGCUCAGCUUGGCCUCCAUGGUGCUGGUGGUGAUGGAAUACAUGAUGACACAGCAGGUGGGGAAGAAGGAGAAAACAGCCCAGAUCCCCAACCCCAAGCUGGUCGGAGGACCCGGCGGGAAGCAUGCACCUGCCCCUACUGUAAAGACAGUGAAGGAAGAGGGUCUGGGGAUCCUGGCAAAAAGAAACAGCACAUUUGCCACAUGCAAGGCUGUGGCAAAGUAUAUGGCAAGACUUCACACCUACGGGCACACUUGCGCUGGCAUACAGGCGAGAGGCCAUUCAUGUGUACCUGGUCGUACUGUGGGAAACGCUUCACACGUUCAGAUGAGCUGCAGAGGCACAAACGCACACACACAGGUGAGAAGAAAUUUGCCUGCCCUGAGUGUCCCAAGCGCUUCAUGAGGAGUGACCACCUUUCAAAGCAUAUCAAGACCCAUCAGAAUAAGAAGGGAGGCCCAGGUGUAUCCCUGAGUGUGGGCACUUUGCCCCUGGACAGUGGGGCAGGUUCAGAAGGCAGCGGCAGUGCUACGCCUUCGGCCCUUAUUACCACCAAUAUGGUAGCCAUGGAGGCCAUCUGCCCAGAGGGUAUUGCCCGUCUUGCCAACAGUGGCAUCAACGUCAUGCAGGUGGCAGAUCUGCAGUCCAUUAAUAUCAGUGGUAAUGGCUUCUGAGAUCAGGCACCUGGGGCCAGAGACGUACGGGCCAUACCCAUCAACCCUGGGAUGCAAGGUAGCUUGGGUCCAAGAGACAUGUGGGAGAGAGCCAUGAGGCAUUACAAUGCAUGGUGGUGGGAAGAAUUGAGGGAGGGAUACAAGAGAAGAGAUGGGGUCCUGGCACUCAUCUAUAUCAUUAGCACCUCCUUGAAGUGGGAAACAUUAGUGAAAAUUCUGUUGGUGCCACCCUUUGAUGAACAUUUGACCCCAAACAGUUUCUUUUUACACUUUGUACCCCAGCCUCCCCUUUCUGUGUUUCCCUUCUCAGCUCCCCCAUGAUGGAUCCCCCCUUUCCUUAAAGCCAUCAUGCCUUGAUAAAUAUAUAUGAUCGUUGAAAUACUUUUUAACAAAAAACAGAUUCUAUAUUAUACAUACAUAUAUAUAUAUAUAUAUAUAUAUAUAUAUAUAUAUAUAUAUAUAUAAAAGAUAUAUAGAGAUACAUUCACAGGGGUUGGCUGGGAGGAGGAAGGAGACCAUUCUGUGACCAAAAUACUUUGGUCAUCUUUUUAUAUUGCCUUAUUUCCUUAUGGCUGAGCCUUGUUGUGACACAUCAAGUUUUUCUGAAGAUGUUGUCUUGGCUUCCCACCAGAUUAAGCAUUCACAUGCUCUGCUUUUAGUUUAUAUAUACAUACAUAAUGUGUUUCCUUUGUUAAUUUUGUCUUUUUAUUUGGGAUCAGGUUCUUGCACUCCUUCCCUGACUCAGCUCUCUGUCUCCCUUCCUCUCCUGAACACUUCAUGUUUUAUUUUUGGUAGUGAUCCCUGGGUGAGGCACUUCUGUCCAUCUUUAAUGUCCUUAGUCCACCAGCAGAAUAGAGAAGCCUUGAAGCCCAGGUUGAUGCUUGAGUAGCUUUCUGGAGAGUGUUCAAAAUACUACUGACGCAGGCACCCUCUUGGUGCUGGAGAGUCAAAGCACCUCUCUUCAUAGCUGCUGUAAGCAUCAAUAAUCAGAAGUCUGUCUAUGGAAUUGCACAAGAGACCCUUUGGAAGUUAUUAUCUGGGAUCAGUUUGUAUAAACCAUCAAAAGAUGGUCAGAUAAUAGGUAUUUCAAUAGGAAAAUGAUGUGUUCAGAAGCAGAAGUGACUCCUAGUAGUCCUGUUCAGGAAUUAGUGGAGUAUUUAGACCAUUGUACAGCUGUCUUCCAAGGUAGCUCUAAUCUUUGAUGUGUGGGCUUUUGAGUUCACUUUCUGAAAGGAAACCCAUUUCCUCUCUUGAAUGUCCCCAGUAGUUUCUUUCCCAUUCUGUUACUAAGGAGCAUCAACUGAUAAAUCUGUUCUGGGUUUCCAUUCUGCAAAACUCCAGUGUGCACCUAGUGGCAAGGCAGUGGUUCUUUGAUCUUUUCCCUUAACUCUCCUUGGGUGGCUCCUAAGGGAAAAGGAAGCACAUGAUCAUGGGAAUGAUAGCCCAGAACAAAAAGAAAUCUUGUCUUACCACUGUGGUUUAUAGGAGAGAUCAAGAGAAACCAUUCUGCUUUCUCCGUGGCCUGAUUCCUGAAGAGACUGAUCCAAAAAUUAUAGCGGCAGGGAACUCUUAGUGGAUCUGACACUGAGAUUUAAAUGCAACCAGAAUUGUCCUCAAGGCCCAGCCAUUAAAACAUUGUCUCUCUUGACCUUCGGGUAUCUUGUCAGAGAGCUUUUCACUGUGAGAAAGUGUGGAAAUGGCUGUGUGUGUGUGUAAUAUGUUAGGUUGGGGAUAGGUUUUCUGUUAGCCAAUACUAAAAGAGACCUGCAAUAAAAAAUUACCCUGAUCUGAUAGAAAGUGAAGUGUUUGUGUGUGAGUGUGUUUGUGCCUGUAUAUAUCUACACACAGAUGAGAAAUUAUAUUUGAAAUUGUUGGAAAAUAAAUUCAGAUCAAAAUAUAUUUCAGGCCCAUUACCUAGAAAUCUGUCUUAAAACCUGGGUAUGUUCCUGAAGUCAUUUCUUAUGCUAAAUGAAUUACAAUUAUGAAUGGGGGAUAUUCUACUGCACUUUUAAAAGAAGAAACUAUUUUUGUGUUUGAAAGUGAAACCAACAUCCAGACCUAUAGCAGAGUCCUGUAAUUCCUUUCAUAAUCUUUUUACCUUGACUACAAAUAAGUGAUGCUGUGAUUCUAUAUAUUUUAUAUAAAGUCUAUCCAAAUUAG